AUGAACGACAUACAGAAUAAACGCAGUUCUUUAACUGUUCAAGAUCUGAAACGUCUUUUAUCCCGUUGCGCAGCUAUUCUCAUAGCACUGGAGAAGUGCGAUUACACCUUGAUCUAUUUCCUCGUCGCUCUGCCAUUCGAGGUUUUCACGCCCUCUGCUAUCGCUGCUGGUAUUGAGACGUGGACGUGGGUCAUCGCGGAGCGUCCUCACAUGGAAGUGGCCAUUAUGUGUGAAGUGCUCACGUCUUGGUUUGGGACUGUGAAGGAACGGAAGGGCGUGUUCUCAGCUUCUUCCAACUGUGUUGACCCCUUCUACCAUCCCAUCAGUUACAGUCCAACCGACAAGGACGAAAUCGAUCGAGCGACGACUCAUGCUCGUCGAUUACUCAUACCACAUACCUAUCAUCUGAAUUCCAACUCAUACUCUCGCAACCCCUCGCGCGAAGUUGCUCGAUUUCGGCGUCCUAGUGAAAUAAAUAACCCACUUUUUCUCGGCGAACUCGUUCGAUUUCAGCCUGCGCGCAAAUCUACGAAGACAAGUACAGAUUAA